CUAUAAAGUGCAAGCAAAGAAAAGUUUCCCUACCGUCUGGGUUUUAUUUAUCAGAUGUUUCCAAUUCUGGAAGGGAACUUUUGGCGCAGGGACUUCAACAAAUCAAGGAUGUUAAGGUCAAGCCUAACCCCUGACACAUUUCCUUUCAGCCACUGAAAGGGAAGGUCUGCGGGAGCCAAGAUAUUGUUGUGAUGUGAGCUGUGAAGAAAAGGAGUCGCCUCGACGCCACAUCCCCGCCAUCCAGACUUCGUUGGUGCUUGCGAAUGCCACUGUGGAGAGGCGAGGCAAGAUGAAGGGCCUGGUGCUUGCCUCUCUCGUUCUCCUGCAACCUCUCUCCGUGCCAGGGGGCCCCACUGCCGCCGUGCACCCCCAGAGCGAACACGCCUGGUGCCACCCUUCGGGGUCCUGCUACAGCGUCCACGUGGGCAGCCUGAGCUUUCCCCGUGCCCAGGACGCUUGCGCAGCGUACGGCGGGCGCCUGAGCACGGCGAGCGGCCGGGUGGAAGUGCAGGCCAUCGUGUCUCUGCUGAGAGGGGUCGCCCGCGGCUGGUCCGGCGCUUCCUUGUUUUGGCUGGGCCUGGUGAGGAAGGCUCAGCAGUGCACCAUGGAGGAGCUGCCGCUGCGGGGUUUCUCCUGGGCCGCUGCCGGAGGACUUGUUGCGGAGGCGAGGAACGAGAGCGCGGCGGAGGGAAGCCUCUCGUGGGUAAAGGAGCCCAGCAAGUCGUGCACCACGCAGAAGUGCGCCGGCCUGCAUGUGACUUGGGGCGAGCCUCGCGCCGCCGAGUCGUGGGGCCUCGCGGAGCACGCCUGCGCCAAAGCGAACGCGGGAUACGUGUGCAAGUACAGCUACGCGGGCGCGUGUUCCGCGCCGAGCGCGCCUGGCGCUGGAAGCCACUUGCACUACGCGCUCCCUUUCCGCAUCCAAAGCGCCGCCGUGGAGUUCGGCCCGCCUGGCACGGUGCUCACCCUGAGGUGCCCCGGGCGGGUGGCGCGCUUCACCUGCCGCCUCUCGCCCGACGGCUACCGCUGGGAAGGCACCGAGCGCGGCAUCUGCUCCUGCCCCAGCGGCUACUGGAACCCGAGCGAGGGAGCGUGCGUCGAGCUCGCCGACUGCUUCAGCGCCCGGGGCGCCUUCCUGUGCCUGUGCGCCUGGGGCGCUCGCUUGGCGGCCGACGAAAAGGCCUGCGUGCCGCCGGCGGGAACUGAAACGCCGCCGUCGCCUGCACUGUCUCCCUCCCCGAACGGCUCUUCGGACGGCCUGCCUGGCCGGAAUGACUCCCUGGCGGCGACCUUGCCCUCCGAGGUGGGCAACAGCAGCAGCGCCCCCGGAGCCGUGUCUUCCAACUACCUCUUCAUCCUGAUCACGGUGGCUGUGGUUAUGCUGGUGAUCCUGGUCAUGGCCGCGCUGCAGAUCUUCCAGGCCUGCUUCAGGCUUUGCUGCUCCAAGGGGUCUCAGACCAAGAAGGACGGAGCUCCGGCUACGACGGCCACGACCGCAGAUGGCGACCCCGAGGCCUCGGCCACACGCACGGAUUCGGAUCAUUCCCUGGGGCCCAGUAAGGCAGAGUCUGCCGAGGUUUCUCAGGAUGAACCCAAGCCUGUGGCGGGGCAGGUGGAGCAGGAACAACCAUGAGGGGACUGAGGCUGUAUUUGAAGGAGGCAAUGGAUGUGCAUUCACUGAAGGCGCUUUUAUUAGGACAGGAAUGGGGAGCCUAUGGCCCUCCAAAGGUUGUUGGACAACAACUCCUAUCUUCCUUAUCAGCUGGCCAUUCUUUCUCAGCUAAAGUGCUAAGUAACUCCACAGAGUGCUGCAAGAGACAAGUCUCAUUAAGAUUUGCCAAGCUGCUUGUAGAACAGUGUGAUCCUAUGCAAACUUACUUGGGAGAAAGUCACAUUGACUUCAGUAGAAUUUUCUCCCAGGUGUGCAUGCAAGAUGGCAGCGAAUGGUGUCUUAUGGUAAAGGUGAGGGCCCUGUGGGACUCCC